CAAACGUCUUUGGUUCUGCUCCACUUCUAAUCGAUUAAUUAGUUUAAUUUAAUCGAUUGGCCUCGGCUUUGUUCCUUAAUCGAUUAAAGCACCUUUUUUAAUCGAUUAAUAUUCGAUUUUUGCUUCUCUUUAUAAUCAGACAGUGCCUUCGUCUUCAACGCCAUCUCAGUUUUACAGAGACCGUGCGAAACCCUAGCCUCCUCUUUCAACUCCAUCUCCGUUUUUCCUCAACAAUUUCAUCACCAAAUCUCACCAAAUUUUGUCAAUUUCAAAGAGGAAAGAUGCCAAGGUGCAAGAACGCUUCAUCGCGUCAAGAAUCGGCGGCAGAAGAAGGUGAGAGGCCAUGGUGUCGUGAAGGGAGCAAGUACAUCCACAUCCAAACCGGACUCGCCUUCAACACUGGGGCUUCAGCCGAGAGGUUCCACAACACCUUUCUCACGAAGGAGAUCGUCUCACCUAAGAUUGUGGACAAGGACCUUUUCAAAUCGGCGACCUAUGCCCCGAGUAAGUCUCUUUUCUCUCAGCAAGACCUUACUCGGGACACUCAGGUGCCGGUCAAGAAGACUUGCUACAUCAAGGACACUAAGUUUUCCCGGAUCGUGUACCGUGAGGAGGGCGAUGCUGCACCAAAUCUGGACCUGAUAGUCGUAGACGAAGAAGAGAGCCAAAACGAGACUCAAGCUGAGUCAUCUCGUGCCGGAGGAAGUCGAGCGCGUCACUCGUCAAUGCAGGACUCGUCCAAGAGAAGAAGCACCAGAACCAUCUUGGGUAAAGAGAAUCUUCGAUACUCUCACGUGCAUCCGAGAUGACGUUCGCCAGCUCAACGAGAGGAUGACUCGUUUUGAGCAAUCCCGCUCCUACCGUGGCCCGCGUCACAGCUUUAGCGGAGGAGCUCGUCCGGCAAACUCUCUUUGAUUGUUUUCCUUCUGUCUUAACUUAAUAUGAUACAUUGUUAUUUGCUAUUGUUGUUGUUAAUGACUCUUUUGGUGGAUGAUUAUGUUGCCAUUAUGUAUUUGUUUGUUGGUUUGGCAAUAUGGUUCUCUUUUAGAACAUAUUGUCCCUUUGUGGCAUUCUUGUUAGAAGUUCUUUUUUUAAGAAAAUUUCUUGCAAUUU